AUGAAGAGAAAGGCUGAAGAUGAUGAAGCAGAGAAUCGUCAGCGCAGAAAGGAUCGAAUUCGGUGCAGAAUACAAGAGGCUAAGGAGAGACGUCAAUUCCUUGAUGGGGCACCCUCUGACUCUGACGCUGACGCUUAUGAAGAGGAAACUAUGUCGGUGUUUACAGAGCACAAGAUCAAGCCUGACCGAUAUGAAAGAGAUUUCCGAAAGACUAUGAAGCAAAUUGAAGUUGAAGCGGAAGAAGACUCGGACUCAGACGAUCCUUAUACCCAUACAGACUUCAUCAAUGAUCCUAAUGCUGAUUCCGACGAAGAGGAGGACAGUGAUGACAAAUCUGAUAACUCAGAUGACGAAUCUGAUAAUUCGGAUGAGUCUGACGAGUAG